AGAGAGAAAACUCUUACUCCGUCUCCAACUUUUCAGAGGAAGUUGCCACCUCUUCCCCUGGCUGUGCACACACACACAUGGUUACACACACACACACACACACACACACACACACACACACACACACACACACACACACACACACACACACACACACACACACACACACACACACACACACACACACAUACACACAGACCAGGAUUCACAGCAAUAACAGGGAAUCGGCAGAAACGUUCAGGACUGCUUGCAAUGCAGCUCUUUCAAAAUUUGGAGGGAAAGAAACCUGAAGUGAAGACUUGUGUGGACUGAACCGUUUUUCCUCAUCACAGACCGCUUGAGGACCAAAGAUCACGAGCCUUGAUCCAACAGCCAGUCAGAGACAACGUAAUCGCUGAGCAUCAAUUUUUCAACUUCUCAUCGCACUAUGAGCUGGAACUAAAUAAAUACUUCAUUCUAAAGCUUCAUUUCUGCGGUGUGAAGAACACAGUACCAGCACCACCAUGGAAGUAAAGAAAAAAGAAAUGGACCUCCUGAGCAAUAGCAUUGCUGCAUACGCACAUAUCAAAGCAAAUCCAGAGAGCUUCGGUCUUUACUUUGUGAUCGGUGUGUGUUUCGGACUGGUGCUGACACUCUGCCUCCUGGUCAUCCGCAUCUCCUGCAAGCCACGGACCAACAUCGCUGCAACCACGCCUGAGAAAAAGCAGUUAAAAGACAUCAGCGAGGAUGAUGAAGAGAGUGAGGAUGAAGAAGAUGAGGAGGAGGAUGCUGAGACACCUGCCAUACUGCCCAGUACAGAAAUACCAGUGGGUAAUCACACCAGCCAAUCAGACACCACUCUGAGCGUGAACGUGUUUACCUCAGCUGAAGAACUGGAACGAGCUCAGCGGCUGGAGGAGAGGGAGCGCAUCAUACGUGAGAUCUGGAGGAAUGGUCAGCCUGAUAUCCUCGGUACAGGAACUGGGACGAUUGGACGAGUGCAUUACUACUAAGAUACUUGGAGACACUGCAGACCUGUGGGUGGGACCAGUGACCCCAGCGUCUGGAAGACUUUAGCCUAUGCUAAAUACAAAGGUGCACCCAAACAGGUCAACAUUGAUGUGCCACAUCUGACAAUCAUGACUCUGACAGAGCUGAUCUAUACGAUACGGCACUUUAUGCACAGCAAUUUGUUGCUUUCAUCUGACUGAAUGAAUUUAUACUAAGAGACAGAGAUGCAGUUUGGGCUGAUGGAGACCUGAAGUUAAAAUGCAUGGAGCUUUAUAUCACAUAAUGCAUACAAAAACCUUGAGUUUGAUGUGAGGGUGUAAAGAAGGAAAAGUGUGUACUGUAUGUUUCAAUGAAGAGUCAUUCCUUUAGCAAAGAGGCACUUUUAUUCAAAGCCAUUGAUUUCACAAAGGGAUAACAGUUCUCCAGACAAACACGCUCAGGAGUCCGAUUAACAGAAAAAAACUUUGUUGGAACAAGCAAAUGAUUCAUUUGUUUAGUCUGAUUGCACACAUGAUAUGUCAGGAUGUUUAAAUGUGUUUAAAUUAAGAGUAUGUUACUUCAUGCUCUGUAAUACAUAAAUAAGUAAAGAAUAAAAUUGUUGCAGCUGUG